UCCACCUCAUCUUCUUGCCUUCGACGAGCAGCUACAAUAGACAAAAGUGGGUCCUUUUUGCGCAACCUCUCUCUCUCUCUCUCUCUGUCUGUGAUUUGGAGCCAGAAAAGCUUUAGGGUUCUUUGAUUGGGGUUUAAGGAGGAGAACAGUGGGCAGAUACUGAUGAUUCAAGCAGCUGGAUAGAGAUUGAUUGCUGAUCUUCAUCCAGUUGAACAGGGGUACAAUGGACAAAAAAUUCAUUGGAGGCCUCAUUAACAGUAUUUCUCGGUUAAUUCAUCUCGUUGCUUGCCAGACCAUAAAAAGUUCUGAUCUACAAGGCAUUAGAUAUAUAGUUUGUGUCUUGAAGCUCUUGAAGCCUGUACUUGAUGAAGUUUUGGAUACUGAAAUUCCUUCAGAUGAGCAACUCACUAGAGAGCUCGAGGAGUUAGAUGUAGCUGUAAAUAAGUCCAGAGAGUUUAUGGAGAAAAGAUCCCACAAAAUGAGCAAGAUAUGCAGUGUUUUACAAAUUGAGCUGAUGGUAGUUAAGGUUCGACAUUCCUCUGUGGAGAUUUGCCAUGUAUUGAGUAAAUUACUACAAUCAUUUCCUGUUGCUUCACAAUCAGCUAAAAUUGAGGAAUUGCAAUUGAUACAAUACCAAUCUUCAGAACCCAUUGUCCAUGCGCUGAAAGAUCAAAGGGAGAGCAUCAUACCAAGCCUCAACGACAUUAUAAAAAUCAUGGAAACUCUUGGGUUGACAUCGCCUCAAGAACUUCUGACAGAAACUAUAGCUUUGGAAAAGGAAAGAAUGAAGGCCGAGUUGGAGGAAAAUAGAGCAGCAGUAGAUCACAUAAGUGACAUAAUUGCUCUUAUUACUCACAUUCGUUAUUACAUGUCUAGGUUUGAACAGUUUGGAUUCAUAAAUGGAGUUCCAGUUCCUUCGUACUUCCGUUGUCCUCUCUCUUUGGAAAUAAUGCAAGAUCCGGUUAUUGUGGCUUCAGGACAAACAUAUGAAAGAUCUUUCAUACAAAAAUGGCUUGAUAAUGGCCUAAAAACUUGUCCAAAGACUAGUCAAAUUUUCGCCCACACAAUUCUUACGCCAAAUUUCACUGUCAAAGCUCUGAUUGCAAAUUGGUAUGAAGAUAAUCACAUAAAGCGACGUGAUUAUGUGCAGCCGGAAAGUAUCUUGGAUCCCUUUAUGUCUAGUGUCUCUCUCGAAAAUUUCAGCCCGAGAAGUAGUUUUCAUGGUUCAUUACGUAGGGAUUCGAUUUCAAGAUCCUCAGUUGAAGAGUCAUCUAUUAUGAAACAUGAUAAAAUGAUUAUAGAAAAGGUUACUACUCAAACUUAUUUUUCUGGUGAAUUGCAAAGUUGCACUCAUAGCCGCACCGAAUCUGUAUCAAGUGCCAUUACUGAUAUAUCAAGCAAGUAUGAUGAAAAAGCUUGUUUGUUGGAAGCUUCAUCGAUGAAAGAUAUAAAUAUGGCUUCAUGGCUUUCUCUAAACCAACCUAAAGUCUCUCAGGACAACAAUAACAGCAGAAAUCACUGUUUGGUUUCUGAUGCAGGUUCAGAUGAUUUAUGCACUGCAUUUCAUGUAACAGAAUUAAUUGAGGACCUAAAAUCCAAUUCUUUGGAGCUUCAAAUAGCUGCAGCAUCAGAAUUAAGAAGUCUCACCAAGCACAAUAAUGAGAACCGUGUUCUAAUUGCAAAAUGUGGAGCUAUUACACCUCUUCUCUCCUUACUAACUUCCAGGGUAAAAAAAGUUCAAGAAAAUGCAGUUACUGCUCUUUUAAACCUAUCCAUCAGCGAUAGUAAUAAAAUUUCCAUAGCGGAAUCUGGAGCAAUCGAACCACUUAUCCAUGUUCUUGAAUCAGGUAGUACCGAAGCCCAAGAGAACUCAGCAGCCACUUUAUUCAGUAUUUCUACGCUAGAAGAAUACAAAGCAAAAAUUGGACGGUCUGGCGCAAUUAAAGCAUUAGUAAACCUAUUAAGCUCUGGAAGUCUUCAGGGGAAAAAAGAUGCAGCCACUGCUUUAUUUAAUUUGUCAAUAUUUCAUGAGAAUAAAGCGAGGAUAGUUCGAGCUGGUGCAGUUAAAUAUCUUGUUGAGCUGAUUGAUCCAGAUAUGGGUAUGGUGGAUAAAUCUGUAGCUCUUUUGGCAAAUCUUUCAAUGAUUCCCGAAGGGAGAGUGGCUAUUGAAAACGGAGGAGAUCCUUUGCUUGUUGAAGUGGGAGAGCGGUUUCUCAGAGGGGGAAGGAAAAAUGCGGCAUCGGCUUUGUUGCAAAUGUGUAUAAACAGCCCGAAGUUCUGUAGUUUGGUUUUGCAAGAAGGAGCGGUGCCGCCUUUGGUUGCAUUAUCUCAAUUUGGUACACCCCGAGCGAAAGAAAAGGCACAACAAAUACUCAGUCACUUCCGAAGCCUGCGUGAGGGGAUUUCUCGCAAGCCAAAAUCAUAAAUUCCAUAUGUAAUCGAAAGUAGUCCAUUUUUGUAAAUCUUCUCCCGGUUACAAGAUUAAAGCAUUCCAGCUGAUAAUUGGAACGUUGUGGUUUUGAGAUAUUAUUUGUGUUUGAACUCUGAUUUUACCUCAAUUUAGCCCUUUUACUUUGAGGGUUUGUACAUAUCUAUUGCUAUCUUGUAAUCAGUACUAUUUGGAGAGUUCUUGCUCUGAUGUAUAUUCCUCUUUUAUCUUUCAAUGUUAUUGGGUAGUUAAUAGUUCAA